CUACGUCCAAAUCACGUACCCCUAGACGCUGUCUCCUGCUCCCGUUAGCAAAGCGUCCCCUCAGCUCCGUUAUUUUUAUUUCCCUUAUUUUAAGCACUCUUUCUGGUAACAGACACUCGGUAAGGGAAAUAACGUCAGUCACCUGCAUCUGGACUGGAAUCAUCACGAUUAAUUCAACAACUGAUGCUAUUGCCACAUCAUCAACACCACGCGAUUUGCAUCAGCAGCAGAAAAAAACAUCUCUUCACAGCAAGGCUGCAAUUACAGCAACGCCCAUAGCAACUGUAUGCGCAUCCACGUUACCCCAUCUGUUUACUGUUGCUUGUUUGCAUUCACCUUCGGCACGGACCACCGCCCUCACCAGUCCAAGACCAUCUCCCCAACAUCCUCAGGUAACGGCAAAUUGGACCAGGGUUUGAAACAUCGUAUUCUCCCCCUGCGCUGGUGAUCGAGGCGCACAAAGCCCCUAUAGGCCACAUUCUGCAGUGAGGUGUUUGUGUGGGCGGCUUGCUGCUGUCUGCUGCUCCAGCUUCUGCCACUUCCUGCUUUCCUCUUCCUCCUCUUCCUCUGGCACUGUGUCCAGCUGUGGCCCUCACUGGGCACGCUCCCUGGCUCUCACCUGAUAGGUCCCUGGCCUCAGGACGGCAGCCACACCCACCACGUUCCCUACAUGAGGGACAAGGCUACUCAGACCCCCAGGGCCUGGGCAGAUGAGAGGAGGAGGGGCUCCCACAAACGCUCCGCCUCCUGCGGGAGCACUGACCAGCUCAAAGAGAUCGCUAAGUUGCGCCAGCAGCUCCAGCGCAGUAAGCGCAGCAGCCGCCAUCGCAGGGACAAAGACCGCAAGUCACCCUUCAAUGGCAGCCAUGCCGCCAUCAUCCAAUCACAGGCCCAGAUGCCUAAGACCAUCCUGAUCCCUAUCCCCAUCUCCAAGUCCACCGCCCCCCGCUUUCGCAACAGUGUCGAGGGCCUCAACCAGGAGAUCGAACGCAUCAUCAUCCGCGACACCAGUGAACGCGAGGAGGUCAUCAUUCCUCAAGACGUUCCAGAUGGGCACCGCGCGCCCCCGCCCCUCCCCCCCCAGCGCAGCAGCAGCACCCGCAGCAUCGACACGCAGACCCCCUCAGGCGGGGGCCUAACUGGCGGGAACCAUAGCAACUGCAGCAGUCGUCCCGACUCCAUCUCGCCCUCCUACCUCACCAUCCUCAACGACCUAGGAGGCGGGAGCCCCUAUCCCGGAGAGGAGAAAGAGCUCGGGCCCUGCUCUCCGUUGCCCAAGUACGCUGCCUCCCCCAAACCCAACAACAGCUACAUGUUCAAGAGGGAGCCCCCCGAGGGAUGUGAGAAGGUCAAGGUCUUCGAGGAGUCACUGCCCAGACCUCUCCAGGAGAUCCCCCCCUUCCUGUGUCCCGACCGUAACAAGGUCAACUUCAUCCCCAAGAGCGGCUCUGCCUUCUGCUUGGUCAGCAUCCUCAAGCCCCUGCUCCCUGCCCCGGAGCUCAGCUUCAGAGCAGGGGUGGGACUCCGUAGCUUGUCCCCGUCCCUGGUGCCUCUGGGUGGGGUCGGCCUGCGCAGCCUCUCCCCCUCUCUGGGGCUCACCCGGGGCUCAGCCUCCCACCAGCAGCCCUGCCUCCCCCGACACCUGGAGGAGCCAGAGAGUUAGAAGGGCUCCUCCAGUGGCCAGACUGAGAAAUGACAGCUGCUGUCUCAGAAAAAGAAAAUCUCCAGUUUUCCAAAUCAACGACAAAUGUGAAACCUGCCUCUCCGGUCGCAUUCAGCAUGCCAGGCUCAUUGGUUUACCCUUACUCUGUGAAGCUUCGACUUUCCUCCCUCCGGCUCUCCUCUGAGGAGAAAAACCACCACAGCUUCUGCUUACCUAUAAGAAUGGUGUUCAAAAGCCUAAUCUCUCCAUAGCUUACUCAACCUUCCCCCUGCUACAGCUCUUUGUGCCCCCGUUCCUACAGUACACAAAGACUGUUUAGAAAGGCUAGUUUAUUUCAUUGCAUUAUUAUACCAUGAAGCCUUUGCCACAGACAUAUCAGAUUUUGUUUUUUAGAAACCAUUCUUAACAUUUCUCUUCAAAAACGAGAUAUGCCUUCCUGUGUGACGCUCCGGGUGGUUUCCGUGGCAAUGGCAGGGAGGUUUUGACGGGUGCUGCCGGAGAUAUUGUAGCAAAACUCUUUUAAUAUGAGGGGCGGUUAAGGUUGAAAAAAACGCUAUGAAAAACGUGCCUGAUGUUUUUAAACACGGCCUGGCUUACUGUAUGAUAUGUGCAGUGUCCAACCUUGUCUGCCUGCAUUACCUCUAUCUCUAAUUUCAUCCCUCCUUCCCUCCCGCCAUCCCUCCCUCCCCAAUAUUUGCUCUUUUUCUCCAUUACUUCCUCUCUUUUGGCAUCUACUGUUCUUCUGACCCAUUUGCCAUCAUGCAGUGUAUUUAUCCCUUUCUCUCUCUCUUUCUGUGUGUGCGUGUGUUGCUCAGCUUGUGUUUGGUGUUGUGACCUGUCUGUCGUCUAGAGGAGUCACUUGACUGUACACUGCUAGAUGUGGCUCGGCUGUCUACCUUGGGCUAGAAAGAAAGCCUUGGUCAAAGCUCCGGUCCGCUCUACUGUAUAUUUGUCAUUACUGCUUUACUGUGCCUGCUACUAAGGAAAAGUCUAGAAUGUAUUGGGUUUGUACAUAUAUAAGGCUCACUGUGAGUGUUUGUAUUUUAGACUGACAUGGAGACAUAAGAUGAAGAAUCUAAUUGUAUUAUACAACCCCACUGCACCCCACCCAGUAACUGUGAAUUAUUAUGUAUUUACUAUGUAUUUCAUAUUUAUGUUUAACUUGCUACUCGAGGAAGACAUUGGUUGUCUAAAGGUUAACAAACCAUCAACAAAGCCCCUUUGCCCAACUCAGGGUUCAUAAAACUGACAACCGUGAUACAGAACUGUUCUAACUUCUUAAUUCUUACAGUAUAAGCAGAUAAAUACCUGCUAUCCAUGUAGCCUUUCAUACUGAAGACAGCAUUUUAUGAUGUUUACAAACAUGUAGCAGUAGACUUGGUUUCAUGUUAAAUUUAGCCAUUGUAAAAAUUGGCAUAUAUGAAACAGGGUACCUUUAACCCUUGUGUUAUCUUCGGGUCAUUCUGACCCAUCAGUCAUUGUGACCCACCGUCGUAUUGCGACAAAUUUACCGCAUACAAAAACAAAGUGAAGCCUUUUAUUUUAACCGUUGGGCUGUCUCAGACCCCCCACAUUGCAAAGGUUAAAAGAAAAUUAUUUUAAUUUGUUUUUGUAUUGGGUAAAAUUGGGUAAACACAACGAUGAUUUGUUAUGAACCUUUGGGUCAUCUGACCCGAAGGCAGCACAAGGGUCAAGCUAAUAAUCAGCACCAUCUUUGGUAGAAAUGUAUAUCUUUUAAGGAAGAACAAAAAAAACACAGUUAGCGGAAACAACAGUUUAUUUAUUGAAGUCCCAUAAACAUGUUUGUGGGAGA